AUGGUGCCCACAGCCAGCGAAAUCGAUACCAUCCACAAUCAACAAGGAGAUACCGAGAUCACGGAGGGGGAUGUGGAGCAAGGGCCAGAACCUACUCUACGCCUCAAUCGUGUAUCGUCAAAACUCCAAGCUGUGAGAGCAGAACGCGAAAGAAGGUUUGUGGAAGGCAGAUCUGGGUCUAAGAAGAUCGGACGAGCAAGAGCAGAUUCUUCAUCCUCUCUGCAAUCGCAAACCCAGCAACUACGACGGGAGAAUAGCGCGCAACAAGGAAGCACCGUCGACGUCCUCCCUGAUGUAGCCGAAGAGCACGAACCCACCGAUCACGAGCAAUUCCCAGAAUACACCGAGCAGGACGCACCCUUCGAUGCAACCCCCUCCUACCGCCCAACCUACGAAUUCGACGACUCCUUCUCCGCAAAAACAGCUCUGGACAACCCACCCUCGGACGACGAAUUGACACUAACCCACAACGCCGCCCUCGAAGAAGAAGUCUACAACGCCCACACCCACUGGAGCGUCCUCCGCCACCGCUUCCGCCACUCGCUAGCAGAAUCUCUAGCUUGCUUUGUUCAACUCACUCUUGGAUUUUCCGCAGACCUAGCAAUCACCCUCGGGGGUGCCUCAGCGAACAAUGCAAUCUAUGGAUCUCUGGCUUGGGGCUUCGCAACCAUGACUGGCAUUUAUAUUGCCGGUGGGCCCUCGGGUGCACAUUUGAAUCCAGUGAUUACGAUUGUGUUGUACAUCUACCGCGGGUUUCCGAAAAAGCAUAUUGGAAGUUAUGUUGCUGCGCAGUUUUUGGGUGCGUUGGCGGCGGGCUUUGUGAGUUGGGCGGUCUUUUCGUCACAGAUCGAUACAUACAUAGCAAGUCCGGCGCGAGGAACUACGGAGAAGGAAGCGACGCAGACGGUUUUGAAUGCGUUUGUCACUGGUCUGAGAAACGACAAUGUCACAUUGGCUUGCGGAUACUUUUCGGAGUUUGUGGCGACAGCGUUUCUGGCGCUGAUCGUUCUUGCACUCGGUGACGAUACGAAUGCACCCCCUGGCGCCGGCACUACUGCUCUCAUCCUUGGUUUCGUCAUCUGUGUCAUAUUGCAAGCCUUUGGAUCCAACACCGGCGCAGCUAUAAACCCCACUCGCGACCUCGGCCCCAGGAUAGCGUUAUGGAUAUUGGGGUAUCCAGUGGACCUACUCUGGAAGGGUAAUUGGUGGCUCUGGGGUCCGUGGCUGGCAUGUAUUCCUGGAGGACUCGUGGGAGCGGCAAUGUAUGAUAUUUGUAUCUUCGAAGGAGGAGAGUCGCCGGUCAAUUAUCCGAGGAAGAGAGUUUGGAGGGCUGGUCACAAGGCGAAGAAGAAGUGGGCGAAGAGGUUGAGUAGGCCUUUCAAAGGAAGGCUGGCGAGGAAGAAGAAGGGGCAAGAACAGGUGGAGCAGAAAGCGUAG